CAAUGCUACCAACUUGAUUUUUUCAAUGAUAGUAGCCCAGCUUGUUUUCGAACACGCUGAUUGGCGCACGAAGAUCAGCUGAAUCAACGACGCAAUAAGAAAGUUGGUGGGGCCGGAGGAGGACAGGCCAUCAUUUAUUGUUCGACCAACCGUCAGUCGGCGUAGUACCUGGUUCUGUUUCUGUUUAUUCUCCUGGACCGAGAAGCAAAACGCGGGCCAAAAUUGGGUGAUACGAAGACCUAAAGGCGUUUCGGACGCAUCCGGAUACAAGGCUAGCCAGCUGCGCCAUUCUUGUUGUGUGGUUCUUCUCAUCAGCCACACUACAUCAGCCAUCUCUGGCUGCCGGGUUGUCGUAGUCGGAUUGUUGUAGUUAGCUGUUGCGAUGUCGCACACGGCAGGAAUGGACACGGGCUUGCCUGUACCGGAUGCCAUCCCUCCGCUCGAAAAAUUGCAAGAGGACCUAGUUCUAAACCUCGUCCAGGAGGUCAAAUUUCAACCGGACCUCCAUCAAUUACCUAUUACAACUCAGGAUGAUGAAAUAACGAUCGGUGCUCGAGACAGAUCCGCUCAUGUACUGAGAUGUCUGAAAGUGAUGUACGACCUGUCGUCGGAUGUAUUCUUCAUCGCGAUCAAUUUGAUGGACCGUUUCUUGACUAAGAUGAAAGCAAGGCAAAAGCAUAUGGCCUGUAUCAGCGUGUCAUCUUUUUAUUUAGCCGCCAUCCAACGGAUGCAGUCCAUAGAUGCCGAACAUCUAGUCUCCAUUUCGCAGUGUAGAUGCACUGCUGAUGACUUGAGGCGCAUGGCGGAGGUGAUACGGAAUAAAUUGGAAUGGGCACCCGGCACUCAGCCUACUACCACCCUGACUUUUUUACAGCUGUUCAAUAAUAUGUUUUACGCGGUAGCGAAACAGAUGCAUCUCGGCGACGUGUAUACCAGUAUCGUCAAGGAAUCCGAAUUGAUCCUUAGAUUGGAAAUGGUUGCUUGCAAUGGUAAUUGUGCAAGCCUCAGACCAUCCGAGGUGGCUCUAGUAUUACUCUAUACUUACUUGGAUGCUACUGUUCAUCGAUUGAAUACAAAUACGGACGCCACCGUGUCUACCGAUAGCCCAUCUUCGCAUAAUACAUCCAUUAAGUCAUCUUAUCAGAUGCUGAAAGAUGAACUUAUGCAAUUUGCCAUGGGACUCCGAGAGAAAUGCAAUAUCUCUGAAGAAAGUUUCUGUACUACUCAUGGGGCAGUGGGCGCCAUACUGAGCAAGUAUAACGCCCAAGAACAAACACCAUACAGACAGAAAUUAGUCUGGAGACUCUCAUCACGCACUGCAGAUUUACGUCCGACCGACAAUUUUAGAUCCGUGCUACCUGUCAUCGCGGAACAUGCGCCAACUCCGUCUCCGAGCAGGAUCAGGAUAUGGAACUGGGAUUUCUUUAUUUGA